AUGUCACCCAGAAAGUCUGCACCCCCAGCCGGGGUUCUUAACCUUUGGAUCACAGCCUCCUCUAAGAAUCUGAUCAAAGUAUUAGACCGUCAGUUUCCAAUAACACCUGUGUGUGCACACGCAUGGGCACACGUGCCAUUUUGCAUUCUCUUUGGGAGUUCACAGAUUCCCUCAAACCUGUCGGUGGCCCCUGGACCCCAGCUGGAUGUCUCGGGUCUGCCACCAUCUGGGAACCGAUGGGGGUGGGGUGGCUGCAAGUGUCCCUUGAGCGCCUUGGAGCGCAGCCCCCUGCCACCCAGCAACUCUGGGAGUUCCCAACCCUCCUUGUCCUGGACCCCUGGCCACCCCCACACCAGGAGGGACAUGCAGACCCUCAGAGCCCCGCCCCCACUGGCCAGUUCCCAGCCCUCCGGCUCCCAGGGUGGCCAGGGGGAGGGCAGCGCGGGCGCUCCCCCCGGGCACACACACAGUUAA